AUGGCCAUCCCAAAGGCUUUGCUUCUUGCCAUCCUCGGCUGCAUCUGCUUAUGCAGCAGCACUUUGCUGUCAGCUCGUGAGCUCGGCGACCAUGCGGCGGCCAUGGUGGAGAAGCACGAGCAGUGGAUGGUGCAGUACAACCGUGUUUAUAAGGACGGUGCCGAGAAAGCGCAGCGGUUUCAGGUGUUCAAGGCGAAUGUUGCCUUCAUUGAGUCGUUCAACGCUGGAAAUCACAAGUUUUGGCUCGGUGUCAACCAAUUCACCGACCUCACCAACGACGAGUUCAAGGCAAGCAAGACCAACAAGGGCCUCAACAGGAUUGGCCAUAGGGCUCCUACUGGGUUUAAGUAUAACAAUAUCAGCACUGGUGCACUUCCAGAGGCCGUUGAUUGGAGGACCAAGGGCGUUGUCACGCCUAUCAAAGACCAAGGCCAAUGUGGAUGUUGUUGGGCAUUUUCAGCUGUGGCCGCAACUGAGGGCAUUGUGAAGUUGAGCACAGGGAAGCUCAUCUCGUUGUCUGAGCAAGAACUGGUUGAUUGUGAUAUACAUGGUGUUGAUCAGGGUUGUGAGGGUGGCGAGAUGGACGACGCCUUCAAGUUCAUCAUCAAGAAUGGCGGCCUCACCACAGAGUCCAACUACCCCUACACGGCACAAGACGGACAGUGCAAGACCAGCGUUGCAAGCAACAGUGUUGCAACCAUCAAGGGCUAUGAGGAUGUACCCACCAACGAUGAAUCUUCUCUUAUGAAAGCCGUUGCUAACCAGCCUGUAUCAGUAGCUGUGGAUGGAGGGGAUGUCAUAUUUCAACACUACUCCGGCGGGGUAAUCACCGGCUCUUGCGGAACUGAUUUGGACCAUGGGAUAGCAGCAAUUGGAUAUGGCAUGACGAGUGACGGAACUAAGUAUUGGCUGCUGAAAAACUCAUGGGGCACGACAUGGGGCGAGAGCGGGUACCUGAGAAUGGAGAAGGAUAUUUCCGACAAGAGUGGUAUGUGUGGCUUGGCCAUGCAACCUUCUUACCCCACAGAGUAG